GUGGAUUAAAGUCUACAGCAAGGAAACUAGAGCUUAAACAGCUGGGAUUUUUCCUAUGUUCCUGACAUCUGUAGGAAAUUAGACCUGGGCGUCUGUCUUUUCUCUUUACAUGGACGAAAAGCCAAGGAAAGUGUACUAAAAGCUGACUGACAGGAUUAAUUUUACUUACAAAACUGCCCCUUUAUCUUUAAACCCAAAGAAGAGCUUGAUGGUGUCAUAUGAUAUGGACUAAUUGUACUCGGUGAGAGCGCCCAGCGGCAGCACUUUUGCUCCAGAUGAAACUGAUGUUUUUCUGCAUAAUUUUUAGUCAGUCUGGAGCCGUUAGCCCUCCUGCACUGUGUGUCGUAGCAUGUGGCUUGGGCUCAACAUCCACAGCAUCUUAAUUACACAGCCAAACCGAUUUAGACCACGGAGGAAGCAUCUCUACAUCUGGAGAUACGCUGCCAUUUUUUAGAGGGAUGCACAGAGACAUCUGAUCUGCUUUCCUCACGUUUUUUGUUCUCUUUACCUAUGCGAUUUCCUAAAAGAAGCGCAAGAGAUCCCACUCUCUUUCACACGUGCACCUAGUAAGUUUUUGAGUGUAACGUCUGUAACCUUUCUAGUGCUUCUUUUUCUCUCCUCCACUGACAUCCCAUUCACACAUCCAGCCAUAAUGAAGCCUUUAAUUAAUGAGGCACAGGUUCAAAUUAGCCUGCUUCAGUGACUAUCCAGGGCCGCUGGUCCCUGCAGACGCAGUGACCUUUGGAGAGGUCCAGACUGCUGCUCUGUGGCCAAACACCUUCACACACACACACACACACACACACACGUACAUCUACCCUUGAGCCCCUGGCAGUAAAUAGUGAAUGGUAAAUGUCAGCGCUCUGGCCAUUGAAUUAUACGGUUUAUUUGAAUAAGUGUAAGAGCGGAUCAGAUGAGCACCACAAGCUCCACCAACAGCUUGCCUCCGUCCACACAUCAGCUUUCGGCAAGCUGGGAAUUUUCUCUUUGAUUAGCGAGAUUAUAUUGUCUUUUAUCUUGUGCUUGCUCUGUUACUGUCUCUCUUUUCCUGUUCCUUGCAGCGGCAGUCAUGAGGGUCGCACCGACACAUUUGGCAGGACAACAGAGCGGCAUUCCACGUGGAUAAAUUAGUUUAUUUCGUGUCGGGGUUACACAUUCUUGCCAUAUAUUUUUACAACUGCACGGCUCGUGGAACACGACAGGAAAGACUUAAAAGGGCCUGAUGCACCUUUUAAGAGCAGCAACAAAAAUGAAUAAAUCAUCAAGAGGGAGUGAGGGCUAGUUCUUCACAGACAGCGCUGAAGGAAACGCUCUUCUCCCUCUACCAGCGAGAGAGGUCUCUGGCAGACUGACAGUUGCAGCCUCUCUAGCCUGGUGGAUCGUUGAUGCAUUUGCCUUGAGUUUCGCGUUCCUCGGCCCUCCCCCUCCGUGCCUGUGUCAUGCUCUGUUGCUGGCGUGCCGUCCUGGAGCCAUGCCCAUCCCCGAGAUGGCUUUGAGCCCGGUGAAGUCUCUGUACUGGGAGGUGUUCCCCUCCAUGGCCACGCAGCGUGUGUACUGCACGCCUGUGCUCUGGGCCGGACGCCUCUAUGUGCUGGGGGGCUGCAGCGAGAACGGCCUCCCUCUGGACUCAGCCGAGGUGCUGGAUCUGGAGAGCCAGCGCUGGUGCGAGCUGCCCUCUCUCCCCACCGCACGGGCCGGGGCGUCUGCCGUGGUUGUCGGAGACCAGCUGAUGGUCAUGGGAGGCAUGGAUGCACAGCAGAGCCCGCUGGCCUCGGUGGAAGUGUAUCACCCUGAUGAGGGCAAGUGGGAGAGGAAGACGGGACUGGGGCAGCCCUCCAUGGGGAUCACCACACUGGAGAAAGAUGGCAAGGUGUAUGCGCUGGGUGGGAUGGGAGCUGACACGACCCCUCAGGCCUCAGUGAGGCUGUAUGAGCCAACAAAGGACCAGUGGUUGCCCCUCACCUCCAUGCCCACCCCACGCUACGGAGCCUUCUCCUUGCUGCACGGUAACAAGAUCUAUGUUCUAGGUGGGCGUCAGGGCAAGCUGCCAGUGACCGCAUUUGAGGCCUUCGACCUUGAGAUGAAGAGCUGGACGCGGUACCCGUGCAUCCCGAGCCGCAGAGCGUUCUCCUCAUGUGUGUGGUUGAAGGCCACGCGGAGCUGUCGCAUGAGAGAGAAGCGGGCGGACUUCGUAGCUGGCUGUCUCGGUGGAUGGGUCAUCGCUGCGGGGGGACUCGGUAACCAGCCGUCCCCGCUGGCGUCAGUGGAGCGUUAUAACCAACUGAAGAGGAGAUGGGAACCCGUGGCCCCGUUACCCAGCCCUCGCUGCUCCUGUGCCUCCAUUCAGACCCCAAACAUGCUGUUCCUCAUCGGAGGGGUGUCCCAGGGUCCCAGCAACGCCGUGGAAGCCCUCUGUUUGAAAGAGACCGUCUGACACACACAUACACACACUAAUGAACAACUACACAAAUCCUCACAUGCUGUACUUUCCGGAGUGUAAGCUCUGCAAACACACACACACGCAUACUGACGUCAAGCUGACGUGUGUGUCUCUGACAUAUAUUCACAGACUUUCCCCUCAGAGGACGCAUCAGCUUUAUACUUUGAAUAGUGGAGACAAUCUACUGGAGCUUGGACAGCGUUCCACACCUCUGGACAGAAGAGUUUUGGACUGGAGAUCUAAGACAAGCAAAAAAUACUUAAAUAUAUCAUUCAUCUAACUAUACUAAAUAUAGUAAAUAUAUUUAUGAAUAUAUAUAUAAUUAUAGCUAUAUUAAUAUAUAUAGAUAAAUGUGCAGACCUACACGAACAGACACACGCAACACUCCAGGCGCCUUUGAACCUUACAGCAUUUUUCAGUAUCAAAGCAGGGUAAUUUUCUGGCAAACUAAAGAGGAACUUAGGGCCAUAUCCACCACGCUGCCACAGCACCCGUCUGAGGUAGCAUGUUUAGCACUUUUUGUAUUAUUGACAAACAGAGGAUGUUCUGCGCGAGAUUUCAGAAAUGGGAGGCAGAUGCGUGUGCGUGUGUGUUUUUGUACCUUCACAGCCAUGCACGUAUGAAAUUGAGAAUCGUUAUGCGUGGAAAGAGCAACUCUUAUAACGGCAAAUCACUGAUGCCUCACUGUAGCAUGAGACAGGGGAGAUGGAGGAGAACUUGGUUCAUCUAGCCGGUUAAUUAAAGGAAUGUUCUGGGUUCAAAACAGGUUUAGCUUGAAAGUAUCUGUGAUAUACUGUCGAUUAGCACAGAUGAUCAUUUGAAUGUGUCCCU